GACUUGAACGCGACACCCUCUUUGUUUCUAUGGUAACAUGGGGCGCCAACUUUCCAACGUUUGCGGACGGUUAGCUACAGGUCAAUUAGUGUUAAUGAUACCUGGACGACAAACAUAAUGGCUAACGUCAGCUAAUCUUGUUCAGUAACGUUUGUAGAGUCAGUAAGAGUUAGGAGGCAUUCCUAUCCUGAGGCAAAAAUUAGAAAAUUGACUUGACGAAAAAUUGCAUUUUUAAAGAGUAGCUGAUUUAGCCGGAGUUAAGUUAAGCUAGCUAACGUUACAUAUUUAAGUUAAUUAAAUUUAGCCUCCGCCAGUUCUGAAAAAUAGCAGUCCUUAUAAUUUUAGAAAAAAUGUAAUGCUAGAUUGGCUAAAUGUGGGGUAUACGAGAUAUUGUUGUAAUAUAAAGUUAGCCAGACUGUAAACUAGCUUAGGUGAGUUUUCACUUGUUAAUGGCUUUAAAGCCAAUAAGUCAUUUCAAGGGUGAAAUGGGUGAGACGGUGGUUCGCACCAGCAGCCGUAACACUAUAAGAACAGAUCUCAGUUUGCUGCUUGAGUGCCUGAAGUUUCAGAUGAAAUGCCCAGAUUUGCAGAAACAAGCCCUUCUCACCAUUCACUCAAUCUGUGAAAAGAGAGAGGAUAAUGCAGACCUUCUGAGAGAAAUGGGAGGUGUGGCGUUUGUGUAUAACCUCUCCAAAUCCAGUAUUGUUCAUUCAGAUGUUAAGGAGACUGCACUCUUUACGCUUGGCACUCUAGCAGAGGCCAAUGUGUACUGCAAACAUUCUCUGUGCAGAAAGGAGACAUUUGUAGAACUUGCUGGUUGUUUGAUGAAAGAAGAUACCCCACUGACACAGAAGAGAGUUUCUGUCUAUUUGCUGUCUGUGUUGGUAGCCAACAACAGAGCAGGGCAGACUUUAGCCCAAACCACUGACUGCCUGGACAUUUUGCUGGACCUCUUCAGGUCCACUUUCCCCCUCUCUACAGAGGCUACUUUGAAAGCAGCUAAUGCUACUCAAACCUACCAGCUCUGGGCGUCUGUGUGUAGCGCUCUCUGUGGAUGUGUCAACAACCCUCAGAAUGAGGAGGCUCAGCGUAUCUGUGUUGCAGCUUUUCCCAUAAUAAAAAUCUGGCUUCAGCAGAUUUCUCUGCCCCACACUGAGGUUUUUCAACCCAUAUGCUCCUUCAUAGCAAUGACAGUUGCCAACAACUCCUGUGUUCAGGAGAGUUUUUCUGCCUUUGGGGGUUUGGAAACUCUCACUCUUACACUGGUUCGUCUAGUUUCUGGGACAGAGACAAGCUUGUUGUCUUGCCAGCUUUCUGUCACAAUAUGCAAGACUCUGUCAGCUUGCAUAACUGAUAACCCCACUCUUGCUUCAGGUUUGGCUCAGUAUGGUGUAGUUUCCCACCUCCUCUCCCUGCUGGCAAGCCCAAACCUUGACCCCAAGGACAGGCCCUCAGUUUUACUCACCUUGGGCCACUGCACCGAGGCCUCUGAGGACCACCAGUCCCAGCUGGUGCAGUGCGGAGGCCUGCCACUCAUCAUAACUUUACUCACAGAGGACACAAGUGAGGAGGUUAGGAAGGCUGCUACAUUCAUAUUACAGACCUGCAAACAGGCCACCAUGUCCUUGGGAGUGCCUGGUCUGAUAGCGAGACAAGGUGAGGUUGAAAAUGUCAAGCCCCUCAAAAACAUGGAAAGCUUCAGGAGCUCAGCCAGAGAGUUACUGCGCAGGAUUGACCUGCUAGAGAAGAGACAGGCAAAGGAGGCUGAGGAUGAGCAGAAGGACACACACCCACCAACUUCAACUGAAGGGUUAGGGCAACCAUCUCUUCUUCCAGCCUUGCCUCUGACUCUGCAGCAGCAUACAGAGAGCUUUAAAACCGCCCCCUCAGCAUAUAGACAGACCAGCAGUCUUAAGCAUGUAGAAGCAGGGGGUGACAACAGUAGUAAACUUCAAACUGUCAGAAACGUGAAAGAGAAUGACAGUGAAAUAAGGAACAUGAGCUCCAAUUUAAAUGCUCAGGAAGAGAGGGCUAAAACCAGUGGAGGGGGUGUGUGGUGCACAGUGUGUAAGGGUACUAGAGCCCUAAAGACUUCCCAUGUAUGGUCACUAGAGGGAGGAAGAGAGCCACAUACAGCAGACAGUCAACUGUUUAAGCCCCCAGUACCACUGAGGCGCAAUGUACCACAAGAAAUUAAAGGCACUGAGAAGUUACAGGACAGUGACAUGAGUGAAGAGGGGGAAGAACACUCACUCUGUCAUGUUCGGUGUGCAGGUUGUGUGUUGCCCUUUGAAGAGGUGACCAGUCGCACUUUUGCGACUCUCCUAAGCUCCUGCCAUCACAGCUGUGACAUGCACACGGUUCUUCAAGAGGCCACAGAACGCUUCAGGACUUGUCACUGCAACCUUCUAUUCAAGGGAGAGAACCAGGACAACACUGUAGAGCUGACACACCCAAAACCUAAGAGAGUGUCAGCUGCAGAGCCACAGAGAAGCAGGGAAAACUGGAAGGAGGCCUGCCUGACUCCCAUGCGUAAAGGAACUGGGCAAGCCAAGAGCUCCCAGCAAGAACACCACUGGAAGAAAUACAACAGCAUAACUUUGACCCCACUGCACACAGGAGCUAAAAUGGAGACAUUUGGUUUACGCUUGGCUCCCCUGAACAGGCCUCAUCUGCCUCAAGAAGGAAGAGGAGAGAGUAAUCAUGCACUAGAUGAACAGCCAAAGGCUAGCAGAGAGUCUUGUUCCAGUCGAAGGAAGCGGAAAGACUUCAGCUGUGAGGAGCUGCAUUACCUACUGUGCGGAGUGAAGAAAUAUGGCUUCUCCUGGAACUCUAUCUUGUGGUCAUACCCCUUCCAACCUGGACGCACCAAUGUUGACCUGGCCAAGAAAUACAGGCGGCUAAUGAAACGUAAACCCUAGGAUGCUGGCUGUGCAUAAUCCUGGUCCUGAGAUCCUGGACCAGCUGUAAAUUAACAGCUUUGAUUGAUCUAAAAGGCCUUUGUUCUACCCAGUUCCACACUGCGUUGAUUGUAAAAUAAUCCAAAGCAGCAUACAUUACAUUAACUUACAUGUAAUAUGUUGUAGUCUUAGUAUGUAUUUUAUAUUCACUCCUUUGUACAGAGUUUGCCAUGUAUUAAAAAUAGUUCUGCAGCACUUUUACGUUCUUUGGCAGUUAUUGUUGAUUGUUUGCUUUUGUUCUAUAUUAAAACAGGUUUGACUUUC